CGAGAGACGCGCCGCCACUGCUCUGGUGUGCAGCGUUGCUCUCAUCUCAGUGGCCCCCAGGAGCCCGACACGAUCUGUGAUGAAAUCAGUGUAACACAACCAGCUGUUCAUAUGUCAUCUCGAAUUUACCCGACAUCUGACAUGUAUGCUCAUGUAUCAUCUCUUACUCAGGCACAUCUGGUCACUUCGCAGCGCAUCCGAGCAGCAGGGUGAAGGACAGCCGCUGCGCUCCCUCCGCCCUCAAUCACCCUCCGCUAUUGGCCAGCGCGUACCGGCUUCAUUAUUCCAGUCUCACGGAUGCGCGAGACACUCACUCAGCGCGCGGAUGAGAGAGAUUCACGCAGAACUUCGGGUUUAUCGCUACGGGAGGGACCUGUUACUGAAGCCACGGGAACGCACGGCACAUGCAUGAGAGCGGCACAUGCGAGCGGCUCCCCGGUUUAGUUGGGGACGCAGGAGAGAAGCGCAGUGAUGAUGGGACGCUUUGGGAAGAAGGGACGAUACUCCUGCUUUGGCUUCCUCGCGGUCCUGGUUCUCCUGCUGCCCUAUGCGAUGGCUAGAGGGUCACGUGAUGGUCUCUCGGCGAUGUCUGGAACGCUGCCUCACUUUCUGCAGGAGCCCGAUGACGCAUACAUCGUCAAGAGCAACCCCAUCAAACUACAUUGCCGUGCCCGGCCCGCCCUCCAGAUAUUCUUUAAAUGCAAUGGGGAGUGGGUCCAUCAGAACCAGCACACUUCCUUGGAGCACACCGAACUAGGAACCGGGCUGAAGAUCCGUGAAGUGAUGAUAAAUGUGUCCAGACAGCAGGUGGAGGACUUUCAUGGACCAGAGGACUAUUGGUGUCUGUGUGUGGCCUGGAGUCAUCUGGGCACCUCCAAGAGUCGCAAAGCCACUGUCCGCAUUGCAUACCUGAGAAAGAAUUUCGAACAGGAGCCACAGGGGUUGGAGGUGCCGAUCAAUGGCAUGAUCGUUCUACACUGCCGCCCACCCGAGGGAGUGCCUGCAGCUGAGGUUGAGUGGCUGAAGAACGAAGAGCUGGUGAGUUCUCUUGACGAUGUCAAUAUUGACACUCGAGCUGACCACAACUUGAUCAUCAAUGAAGCAAGGCUGUCCGACUCUGGAAAUUACACCUGCCUGGCCAGCAACAUUGUUGCUAGGAGACGUAGUGCAACGGCAACAGUCAUUGUGUUUGUGAAUGGAGGGUGGUCAUCCUGGACGGACUGGUCCGAGUGUAACGUCCGCUGUGGAAGAGGAGUUCAGAAGCGAACACGGACCUGCACUAACCCUGCUCCGCUUAAUGGAGGGGCUUUCUGUGAGGGAAUGUCUGUACAAAAGAGCACCUGCACCUCUCCCUGCCCAGUGGACGGUGGCUGGGCCGAGUGGACUAUGUGGUCUGUGUGUAGUUCUGAAUGUGAGAGGCAACGCACUAGGGAGUGUACAGACCCAGAGCCAAAACAUGGUGGCAGGCUGUGUGAUGGAGCGGCCCUAGACACGGACAACUGCACUGGAGAUCUCUGCAUUCAAGACAGGAAGCUGCUCCACGAUGUGAAGGUUCCGCAAGCUGAAAUGGAGAGCAAUAACGAUGUGGCGCUCUACUCCGGUCUGGCUGCCGGCGUAGUUACCGUCGUCGUGCUGGUCAUCGCUGUAACACUGUACAGGCGGAAUCAGAGCGAGUAUGGUGUUGAUGUCAUUGACUCGUCUGCGCUGACCGGAGGAUUUCAGUCCUUCAGCUUCAAAAGUGCCAGGCAAGGAAACCCUCUGUUAAUGAACUCCUCCAUGCAGCCAGACCUGACCGUGUCACGGACCUACACCAGCCCCAUCUGUUUCCCUGAUUCCAUGGAGAAGGAGCUCAUCCCUGAACCUGCACUCUUUGACCCCCUCCCUGACCUCAAGGUCAAAGUUCACAGCUCCUUCAUGGUGUCCCUCGGUGUGUCCGAGAGGGCGGAAUAUCACGCAAAAGGUCCUUCCCAAACGUUUCCUCGCGGCAUGGUGCAGGAGAUAGGAGGUGGAGGGGGCACGCUAGGUGGGAGGGGGAAGACUCAGCUGGCCCCUGUUCAGCCAACGCUGGUUUCUAGUAUGACAACUGGCAAACGGCCGCUCAGGACAAGUGGGGUGUUCGGGCAGGGAGGAGGACGACUGGUGGUGCCCAACGCAGGUGUGAGUUUGCUGGUGCCUCAUGGUGCGAUUGAAGAGGACACAACCUGGGAACUGUACAUGAGCAUUACCCAGCAGGACUCCAGUGCUUUGUCUGAUGAAGGUCAGGAGAUACUUUUGAGUCCUGAGGUAACGUACGGCCCUCCUGGCCUGACCCUUUCCUGCCCUGUUGCCUUGACGAUAGCCCACUGUGCAGAUGUGAGUUCAGAAGACUGGAAUAUCAAGCUUAAGAGACAAGCCCAGAACAACAGCUGGGAGGAGGUCAUGACUGUGGAAGAGGAGAGCACUUCUUGUUACUGCCUGUUGGACACUCAGUGCUGCCACCUGUUGGUGGAGAGGCCGGGGUGUUACGCUUUAGUGGGAGAGGCCCUCACACCAGCGGCAGGGAAGAGACUACGACUGGCUGUGUUUGGAAACAUGGAGCCCAACUUUCUCAACUACAGCAUUCGAGUGUACUGCGUCGAUGAUAUGCCCCAUGCCUUUCAGGAGGUGGUAUCCAUGGAGCGGGGUCGAGGAGGACGCCUCCUGGAGGAACCCAAGACCCUGCUCUUCAGAGCGAACUCUUUCAGCCUACAGGUCUCCAUCCAGGACAUCCCCCAGUUCCUCUGGAGCAUCAAACCUUUUACCACCUGCCAGGAAUUCUCCUUCUCUCAGGUGUGGUGCAGUAGCCAGUCUCCUCUGCAGUGUGCCUUUUCUCUGGAGCGCUACAGUCCAGCAGCCAAUCAGCUCUCCUGUAAGAUCAGUGUUCGGCAGGUCAAAGGUCAUGAGCAGAUCCUACAGGUCUACACCACUAUUGCUGAGAGUGAAAAAGAUACAGUGCCAUUCUUCACACAAUCAGACUGUACCAUCACCUCCCAGACGGGGUCCAGGGCCUUCAAAAUCCCCCUGUCAAUUCGCCAGCGAAUCUGCGCGACCUUCGACACAGCGAAUGCCAAGGGCAAAGACUGGCAGCUCUUAGCACAGAAACUGCAUAUAGACAGAAACCUGGGUUAUUUUGCUCGCCAGACGAGCCCAUCCGCUGUCAUUCUGAGUUUGUGGGAAGCUCAGCAUCAGGAACGGGGUGAUCUGGACUCUUUGGCCAGCGCUUUGGAGGAAAUUGGCAAAGUUCAGUCUAAACACUCCACCAGCGUGGACACUCUGGACCGUAUCAGCAAAACCAUCCCCUCCAGCGACUCUACCAUGAACCGCAGCAGUGAGGAACUAGACACGAACCACACCUAAGAACAGUUUCCUUGGAAAUGAAGACUAAAGCACUGUCCUCAUCGGAGAUAAGAGGGUUCAACAAAGGGAGAGAGGAGGCGGCACUUGAGGUUGCCCAGCCCAGCAAAAAAGUUGCUCCUCCCUCUCCUUGACUGAUAAAAACAGGGUGUUAAAGAUGGGUUGUGACCAAAUAGACAAGCUUCAGUGAUUCACAGAAACUCAAACACACACAUGCACACAGUAUUCCUAUCAAGUACCCUUAAAUUCAUCAGAACAAACUGACUUAUACAUUAAGCCCGUCUGAUGAAAAUUUGCAGCUAAAGAUUGUGGGUAUGCUUUCGCGAUCAUUUGUUUCCGUAAAGGCAAACUGAGGAUGUUCAACAGCCUAAAUGUUGACUUGCGACCACAGACCAGGCUGCCUCGAUGCUUCAGAGUGUUGAAGAAUGUGUCGUCGUUUUUGUGGGACACUUUUAUUUUGCGUCUUUCCACAACGGUUGUCUGCAUUUCUGAGUAACUUUCUGAUUGCAAAUAGAUAAAAAAAAAAAAUCUGUACUAUUGAAUACUAUUAAAGCCUGUUGGAUAGCAAAACCAGUGUAAACUGAGAGAUGUACUCAAAGAUAACCAAAACAAAAUGUUGUUAUACACCAUUUACUUUUGCAGCCUAACAAAUAUAUAAUUAUUAUUAUUGUUAUUUUUUGUCUCAAGGAAGAAAUAUAAAAGAAGAAAGCAGAAAGGACUAAUGCUUAAUGAAAAAAAGUGUGAUUUGAGGUAAGAAAUAUGUUUAUAAAUUUAAAGGGAUAGUUCACCUAAAAAAAUCUAAAUUCAAAGUUAUAUAAGUAGUGUAUGUAACCUGUGCACUGUAUCCUAAAGCCAUAUGAUAGCUUUACGUGAGAAACAGACUGAACUAAAAGGUUUAGGGUCCUUUUAAAGGCUUGAAAUCUCCACUUUUAUGUUAAAAAGAGUGACAAGUGCGUUAUUUAAUUUUUUUUAGUUUAUUUUUUAUUUUUUUAUUCCUCACAAGAAAGAAACUGGAAGAACAAUAGGGUGAGAAAAAGAUGACAGAAUUGUAAUUUUUGGGUGAACUAUCCCUUUAAAUGUGACCAAGCUGACUGCUGAUUGGUCAGAAUCCUUCUGCUGUCUCUCAAAAUGACAAAUGAUGGACAGCUGUGUGUAAAUUCAUCAGAUAACCCAGUAAAAAUCCAUCAAACAUAUUUUGACAGGAACCUCUGGUGGUUUGAUCUGAAUGCAGAGAACACGCACGCAUAUCAACCGAGAUGAGAGAUUUCCAUUUAUUUUAUUUUUUUUCUUUUCCCCCUGUUGUUUUAUCUUUCCUUAUACAUCUAGUACCGGAUUGUGACCUCAUAUUGGCCAGAUGGGAUCAAUGAUAACCAGUGAAAAAGCAUUUUAACACAUCUCACCUGCUGGAAACCUACAAUGUGCUGACAGGUGCACAUACAUACAUGAAUAAUAACACAUAGAUGUAUAAUCAACCUCACAUCGGAACAUAAAGCAUAUCUGCCGCACUCUCAUCUCAUCCCAGGUAUCACACAUCACUUCAUCUGAGCGAAAGAUGAGCUGUGCGAAAGUGUGUUGCUAAUGCUAGAUUAUCAUAAAACUGUGAAUAUGUGAUGAAAUAGUCUGUUGCGUCAGACUAUAAAAAGAGAUUUGUGUUUUUUGAUAUGUGAAAUUAUUAACAAAACCUUAUAUAUGUGCUGUUUCUGAGGUACAUUAGGAAGGGAAUGAAAGGGAAGGGAGGAAAUGAGAAAGAAAAAAUAAGGAAGGGAGACGGGAAGGAAAGAGAUUUGAAAGAGAAAAGGGAGAGAAAUUGAAACAAAAAAGGAAAAGGAAUUGGAGAGGAAAGAAAAAAAAGAGGACCAAGAGAGGAAAGCGAAGAGAGAGGAAAUAGAAGUAAUAAAAGAGAAAAUGUGAAAAGAAAAAAGGAGCAAGAGGAAAUGGGGAAAACGAAGAUGCGGGAUGAAGAAGAGGGGAAGGAUAGAGAAGAGCAAACAGGACAGAAGGGAAGAGGAAUUUAAGAAAGGAAAGAGGACAAAAAUGGGAAAGGAAAAAAGAGGAACAGGAGGAAAUGGGAAAAUCGAAAAAGAGGAACAAAAAGAGGUAGAGAGAAGAGCAUAUGGGAAGGGAAGGAGAAAUGGGAAUAGGGAAGAGAGGGGAAAUCAGAAAGUAAAGAUUAUGAACAAGGAAAGGGAAAGGAAAGAGAAGAGAAGAGCAAAUGGGAAUGAAAAAAAGGAAUGAGAGGAAAUGGGAAAAGUGAAUAGAGGAGAAAUGGGAUGGGGAUCAAGAAGAGGGGAAGGAAAAAGAAGAGCAAACAGGACAGAGGAAAUUGGAAGGGAAAGGAAAAAAGAGGAACAAGAGGAAAUGGGAAAAUGGAAGAAGAGGAACAAUAAGAGGGAAAGAAAAGUGACGAGCCAAUGAGAAGGGAAAGAAGAGGAAAUGGGAAAGGAAAAAAGAGGAACAGGAGGAAAUGGGAAAAUUGAAAAAGAGGAACAAUAAGAGGUAGAGAGAAGAGCAUGUGGGAAGGGAAAGAAGAGGAAAUGGGAAAGGAAAGAGGAGAAAAUGGGAAAGAAAAUGAAGAACAGUAGGAAAUGGGAAUAGGGAAGAGAGGGGAAAUCAGAAAGUAAAGAUUAUGAACAAGAAAAGGGAAAGGAAAGAGAAGAGCAAAUGGGAAUGAAAAAAAAGGAAUGAGAGGAAAUGGGAAAAGUGAAUAGAGGAAAUGGGAUGGGGAUCAAGAAGAGGGGAAGGAAAAAGAAGAGCAAACAGGACAGAAAGGAAGAGGAAAUUGGAAGGGAAAGGAAAAAAGAGGAACAAGAGGAAAUGGGAAAAUGGAAGAAGAGGAACAAUAAGAGGGAAAGAAAAGAGACGAGCCAAUGAGAAGGGAAAGAAGAGGAAAUGGGAAAGGAAAGAGAGGAGAAAAUGGGAAAGGAAAAAAGAGGAACAGGAGGAAGUGGGAAUAGGGAAGAAGCCGAACAAGAAAGGGGGAAGUAAAGAGAAGAGCAAACAGGACAAAAAGGAAGAGGAAAUUGAAAGGGAAAGGAAAAAAGAGGAACGAGUAAAUGGAAAAAGGGGAACAAUAAGAGGUUAAGGAGAAGAGUAAAUGGAAAAGGAAAGAAGAGGAAAAUGGGAAUGGGAAAAGGAAUGAGAGAAAAUGGGAAGGGAGAAAAAAUGGGAAAGGAAAAAAGAGGAGCAAAAAGAGGAAAUGGGAAAGGGAAGAAGAGGAACAGAAAAAGGGAAAUGAAAGUGGAGAGGAAAUAAGGAAAGGAAAGAGAAUGGAGAGGAAAGGAAAAUAAGAGCAACAAUGAAAGGAAAUGGGAAGGUAGAGGAACAAGGAAAGGAAACGCCAUGAUGGCGGUUUUAAUGACAUACAGUAGGCCCGGCUCUAAAUGUACAUUAACAGUACAGUAACAGGAAAGACCCUGUUGUAAUGUUGCUAGUGGAGCAGAGAGCCAUCAGACAUAUGGGAUGUAGUGUGUGAGAGAGAGAGAGAAAGAGAAACAAAAACUUUCUGAUAUUAUUUUGGGUACAGUUCUGUUCAUGAUGCAUAAAUAUUGCCUUUUGAAAGACCAUCAGUCAGGAAAAAAAGGAAAAAUUCUGUUAUUUCGAAAGAGAAAAAGUGCUAGUGCCAGUUUCGUUUGAAUAAAUAUUUAUUUAUUUA